AAAGGGCUGCAAAUAUUGAGCAUUUAAUAAUUAUUAUUUCAUAUACAGUACCAUCUCAAUAAUUGCUACAUUAAAGUCUGAAGAAUAAAUAUUUAUGUAAAUAUUGAUCAGAGUCAACAGCCGAGAUGAUAUAGACAUGUCCGCCUAUCUGAUCUCAGAGACUAUAAGAGAUGAAGCUACAAUUCGUUUGUUGGGCUUAUAAAAUUGUAUAUUUUGAAAGUUAUGUACUAUAUGUUAUAUUGUUAUAUCAAACACACUUGAUUGUACCUCCCUCACUUUCACUAAGGCGAAUAUUGUUCAUUUUUGUGACACUCAUCUUUGAGAGUUGGGCUCUAUUACGGUUACCUAAAGAGUGUAUAGGGGUUGAGUUGAGUAAGCGAGAUUUAUUUAUAGACAACAAAGAGCGAUCAGUUAUUUGUGAGCUAUAAUCUUUACAGAACAAUUUCAUUUUAAUCAAAACUUUUGGAAUCGACAGACAAAUAUAUCACGAUGUUGGACGAACUCAAUAGUGACUGUCAGUUAAUUAUAAUCAAAUAUUUACAGCUUAACGAUCAAAUAGCGCUUUGUGAGGCCUCUAAAAACCAUUCAAAUCGCUUGUAUACAAAUGUGAUAUUUUCCUGGGAGCAUCAGCGUUGCUUCAAAUUGGAUGAAUAUAACUUUGAGAGGUUUGAGGAGAUGCCGGAGAUGUUGGACAUAUUUCUCUCCAGCAUUAGUGAAAUCGUGCAGAAAUUGAUAUUACAAUGGGUUACACUGAAGUUUCUAAAACGAUGGAAAAAUUACACAUUUCCCAGUAUGAGAACACUGAAAUACUUAUUAGUUCCAUCGUAUGGUUCUAAACAUGAAGCUGACGAAGCUUUACAAAUAAUGUCAAAUCUCUUUCCUGGACUACUUCGUGUAACGCCUCAUGGUGAUUUUCACUGCGGCCAACUGUCAAAAUGGACUCAGUUGGGCGAACUGAAUUUGGUCAAUUGGUUCUCCAACUAUAAAAGCCAAGUUAGUCCUAUAGAGGUUAUCCAGUGUAAAAUGCUGGAAAAACUGCAGCUGAAUCAUUAUUUUCGUUGGCCUGGAAUUUAUGAUCAAAUCAUGGCGUUGCCCAAGCUAUACAAACUUUCGAUCAUCCUAACUAAUCAUCAUGCUCUCCACGAAGACAUUGCAGUUGAACUGCUGGAGAAUCGUGGCUGCGCAAGGCGAGCAACUUGCGCCAUUUGACCCUGGCAAGAGUUUAUUUCUCCAUUAAAAAAAUUUGUAAGCUGAUUGCCAAUUUAAAGCAGCUGGAGCGAUUGGAUUUCAUAGACUUUCAGAGCUGGCUUAAUGAGAAGGAACUUUGGCGAAUUGUUGCCAAAUGCCCAUCGCUAAAAAUUCUAAAUAUAUCGGGUAUGAAACUAUGCGAGAAUUUUUUUGAACUUGAUCGGAGUGCAAUGGAGAAGACACUGAACAAUCGUUUGCAGCCUGUAAUAUUAAAUUGUUAUAACACUUACAAAAAUGAACAGUUGAUGCGUCAGUAUUUCAAGCAUCCACAACUGAAGCUAUCUUUUAAGCCUUCAACUUGGAGAUUCAUCGAUUGGAAUGAAUCGCACGGAAUGAUACAACUGUACUUUACACCUUUGCUGACAUCUUAAAAUCACGAAUGUUGUGUAUUUUUUAAACUAUUUUAGUGUUCACUUUUGGGUUAUUAUGUUUUAAUAAAAGCAUUAUGAAUAUAUUAAUUAUGAUGUAGAUAAACCCAUAACUUUAAUUUAAUCUUUUAGACUUGUUCAUAAAGAACCUGCAAUUGUUAUUCAUAAU